AUGCUUCACACGGCCAUAUCAUGUUGGCAGCCAUUCCUAGGUUUGGCUGUUGUAUUAAUCUUCAUGGGCUCUACGAUAGGCUGCCCAGCCCGCUGUGACUGUUUACCUCACAACAAGUCAGUCUCUUGUCACCGAAAGAGGUUGAUUGCAAUCCCAGAGGGCAUUCCCAUUGAGACCAAAAUACUAGACCUCAGCAAAAACCGGUUAAAAAGUGUCAACCCUGAGGAAUUUAUGUCUUAUCCUCUGUUAGAGGAAAUAGACCUGAGCGACAAUAUCAUCGCCAAUGUAGAGCCAGGAGCAUUUAACAAUCUUUUCAAUCUGCGAUCCCUUCGCUUGAAAGGAAAUCGCCUGAAACUGGUUCCCCUUGGGGUAUUUACAGGACUGUCCAACCUCACCAAACUUGACAUUAGUGAAAAUAAAAUUGUCAUUUUGCUGGACUAUAUGUUCCAGGACUUGCAUAACCUGAAAUCCCUCGAAGUAGGGGACAAUGAUUUGGUUUAUAUAUCACACAGAGCCUUCAGUGGGCUGCUUAGCCUGGAACAACUCACACUGGAGAAAUGCAACUUAACAGCGGUACCAACAGAAGCCCUCUCCCACCUUCGCAACCUCAUUAGCCUGCAUCUAAGAUAUCUCAACAUCAAUGUUAUGCCUGUUUAUGCCUUUAAAAGACUGUUUCACCUGAAGCAUCUAGAGAUCGACUAUUGGCCUCUAUUGGACAUGAUGCCUGCCAAUAGCCUAUAUGGUCUUAACCUCACGUCCCUCUCCAUCACCAACACCAAUCUAUCUACUAUACCCUACCCUGCCUUUAAACACUUGGUUUACCUGACUCACCUCAACCUUUCUUACAAUCCCAUCAGCACCAUUGAAGCUGGAAUGUUUGCUGAUUUAAUCCGGCUUCAGGAGCUGCAUAUAGUGGGGGCUCAGCUCCGCACCAUUGAACCACAUGCUUUCCAAGGGCUCCGCUUCCUUCGUGUGCUUAAUGUUUCCCAGAACCUGUUGGAAACACUGGAAGAAAAUGUGUUCUACUCACCCAAAGCCCUAGAUGUACUGAGCAUUAGCAACAAUCCCCUGGCUUGUGACUGCCGCCUCCUUUGGAUUCUGCAAAGGCAGCCCCUCUUGCAGUUUGGGGGCCAGCAGCCUAUGUGUGCUGGCCCCGACAGCAUCCGGGAGAGACCAUUCAAGGAUUUCCACAGUACUGCUCUUUCUUUUUACUUUACCUGCAAAAAGCCCAAGAUCCGUGACAAAAAAAUGCAAUACCUGCUCGUGGAUGAAGGGCAGACGGUCCAGCUGGUCUGCAAUGCCGAUGGUGAUCCACAGCCAGUAAUUUCCUGGGCAACCCCACGAAGGCGUCUGAUAACCACUAAAUCCAAUGGAAGAGUUACAGUGCUAGGGGAUGGCACCCUAGAAAUACGUUUUGCCCAGGACCAAGACACAGGAAUCUAUGUUUGCAUUGCUAGCAAUGCUGCAGGGAAUGACACUUUCACAGCCUCCCUUACAGUGAAAGGAUUUGCUUCAGAUCGUUUCCUUUAUGCUAACAGGACCCCUAUGUAUAUGACAGACUCUAAUGACACUAGUUCUAAUGGCACCAAUGCAAACACUUUCUCUCUGGACCUUAAGACGAUACUGGUGUCCACAGCCAUGGGCUGUUUCACAUUCCUUGGAGUGGUUUUAUUUUGCUUCCUCCUCCUCUUUGUAUGGAGUCGAGGAAAAGGCAAGCACAAAAACAGCAUCGACCUUGAGUACAUCCCCCGAAAAAACAAUGGUGCUGUGGUGGAAGGGGAGGUGGCCGGACCUAGGAGGUUCAACAUGAAAAUGAUCUGA